CGUACAAACCAAGCGAAAUCCGUAACUAGACGCGUAAGAUCUCUCACGCGCAAAUCCGACGGCAGCUGCGCGCACGCAACGCGCUCCUCUCGCCUCAUCUCCCACCACCCAAUCUUGUCCGAAUCACUGGCAACACGUGUUAGAAGGCCAGAGCAUGGGCCCCACCACCAAGACGUCGUGCGCCCGGGGGCGGGCGUAUUCCGGUUUUACUGACCUUUCAAGGACUUCCUGAGCUCUGAGAAGGAGAGAGAGAGAGAGAGAGGGAUUACUGGACCAUUUUGACCAUUUCCCGCUCUUCGUCUGCCUCUGUUGACAGUGGUGUGCAGGGAGGAAGAUCGAAGGACAAUUUGGUAAUUUCGCAUUAAGGAGGAGGAAGGAGGAGACAUGGGAGCUUGCGUUUCUAGGACGGGACGUUGUAUAGGCGGCCGUACGGAUUCUUUGAGGCAGACUCACGGCAAGCGAAAGAGAGGACUCAAGAGGCGUGUUUUCUCUAAGAAGGUUGCGCGAUCGGCCGGCAAGGUGGGCCACGAAGGCUGUUCCGACGCUCCGGAUCGCUCCCACAGCAAUCUUGCUUUCCAUGGUGGAAGUACUGACGAGGCUUGGUUUGAUUCUGUUGCAAAAUUUGACUCUGAUUGUGAUGAAGAUUACGAAAGUGUUCAGGAAGAUGUUUCAUCUUUAAAUGGCAUUGAUGGUGCAUCCGUAUCGAGUAUUUCAUCUAUGAAAGACGCUAACCUUGAAGAUGCUGAUGGCAGUGUUCCAUGCAUCCCUUCCACUGUCCAGCAUCAGAAAUCUGGGGAGCCGUCGACGGGAAAUUCAGCACGCGAUUAUGUCACUGAGUCUGCUAAUGACACAAAUGAAGUUGAUCUUCAAUCCAAAUCUGACGGUGCUUUAAGCAACGCGAAGUCCCCUGUGUUCCGUGAUGAAACCCCUAGUCUUUCUUUAGAUGAAGGGGUUAAUGAGGAAGCGGUAGUGCUGGGCCAUUGUGGCCUUCUGCCAAAUGCUUGCUUGCCUUGCCUUGUUCCUUCUCUCCCAUCAAUUGAGAAGAGGAAACCUUCCAGCCCUGGCCCACCAAGUGCGAAGAAAAAGGUAGCCUCGAAGCUUUCCUUCAAAUGGAAGUCCAUGGAAGAACAUCCCAAUCCUACAUUAUUUUCUAUGAAGAGUUUUGUAGAAAGACCAAUAGCAGGUUCCCAAGUUCCAUUCUGCCCAAUAGAGAAGAAAAUGUCUGAUUGCUGGUCACGUAUUGAGCCCAGUACAUUCAAGGUUCGGGGGAAGAAUUAUUUUAGGGAUAAAAAGAAAGAAUUUGCUCCAAACCAUGCUGCAUUUUAUCCUUUUGGGGUCGAUGUCUUCUUAUGCCAGCGGAAAAUCAAUCACAUUGCUCGGUUUGUGGAUCUCCCCAUUAUGGAUUCAACUGGAAUUCCACCUAUUCUUGUGGUGAAUGUUCAGGUUCCGUUAUAUCCUACCUCAAUCUUUCAAAGUGAAACCGAUGGCGAAGGGAUGAGCUUUGUUUUGUAUUUUAGGCUUUCAGAAAGUUACUCAAAAGAACUUCCACCAAGUUUCCAGGACAGCAUCAAAAGAUUAAUCAGUGAUGAAGUGGAAAAGGUUAAAGCCUUUCCCAUGGAUACGAUUGUACCCUUCCGUGAAAGGUUAAAGAUACUAGGCCGUGUGGUAAAUAUAGAGGACCUUCACCUAAGUGCUGCUGAGAGAAAGCUCAUGCAUGCUUACAAUGAAAAGCCUGUUCUUUCUCGCCCUCAGCAUGAAUUUCACUUGGGAAAGAACUACCUCGAGAUUGAUUUGGAUAUGCAUAGAUUCAGCUACAUCUCAAGAAAAGGGUUCGAAGCAUUUCAAGACAGAUUGAAGCUCUGCGAAUUGGACAUUGGCUUGACUAUUCAGGGAAACAAACCAGAAGAGUUGCCAGAGCAGGUCUUAUGUUGCGUCCGUUUAAAUCGGAUUGACCAUACCAACUACCCACAACUAGCAACCACCUGUGCAUGAAUCUAAGAGAAUAAGCCCCAAAGAAGGGUUGAUGUAUUGUAGUAUUCAAUCAAUAAGUGCGAAUCAAGCAUUUCUACAUAGCAAGUAGCAUACACGUCUAUCGUCCCCUUAUUGUAUGUGGCCCGGUGGAUAUUUCUUGGUUUUUUGAGAUGAUUAUAAUGCUAGGUCAUCUCCUGGUCAUGGAUACAAGGCAUUCAGAGGCCGGAGAACAAUUCACAUUCAUGACAUUUUGGUGAUGGGUGGUUACUGAUGAGAAGGCUUUAGUUGUAUGCUGCUGAUGGAGAACCAAAUGAUCUGUUGGCACCGGGGACAUGGGCAACUUGAGUGGGCCGUGCUGUGCCCAACACACACGCGCGAAUGAAGGAUUCUUUUUAUUUCUUAACAUAGGGAUCUUCUGAUGUAGUGAUUUUUCUUUUCUUUUCUUAUAGAGUGAAGGGAUUUAUUUAAUUACUUAAUGUAUGAAAAUAAUGUUCAAAAGGAGCUGCUCUUCUUUUCCCUCCAA